UCUAACUAACAAGAAACAAGAAAUUCUCAUCCAUUACAUAGAAACUGUCAUCUUCUUGGUCGAAUUAUAUUCCCUCGAAAGCUGUUAAAAUAUUUGUAAUUUGGUUCAUAGCCUCAUAGUGUCGACAUGGUUUGCCAAGAUUUGCCUUUAGUCCAAAAAGUUUGCGAAAUCUAUGACAAACUCUCCAAGCUAAACAGUCUGAAGCCUUCCAAGGAUGUCAACACUCUCUUCACUGAUCUUGUUCUCACGUGCAUCCCACCUGCAGCCAUCGAUGUUACCAAGCUCUGCAAGAAUGUUCAAGAAAUCAGGUCUAGGCUCAUUAAAAUCUGUGGCGAGGCGGAGGGGCUUCUUGAAUCUCACUAUUCCUCCAUUCUAGGGUCUUUUGAUGACAACCCUUUGGACCAUUUGUCCAUUUUUCCUUACUAUAACAACUACAUCAAGCUUAGCCUCCUUGAGUUCACUAUCUUAACUCAGUUUGGUCCCCUGGAUGAGCCGAAACGCGUGGCGUUUCUAGGAUCCGGGCCCCUGCCUCUCAGCUCUAUUGUGUUAGCAACCUACCACUUGACAAACACUUGUUUUCACAACUAUGACAUUGACAGCUCUGCCAAUCACUUGGCUUCCCGUUUGGUUUCCAAGGAUCCGGACUUGUCAGAACGGAUGUUUUUCCACACGGUGGAUGUCAUGGAUGUGACGAGUGCUCUGAAAGAAUAUGAGGUUGUGUUUCUGGCUGCCCUUGUGGGGAUGGACAAGACGGAGAAAGUCCGUGUCAUUGAUCACUUGGCCAAGUACAUGGCUCCGGGGGCUAUACUGAUGCUGAGGAGUGCUCAUGGAGCACGCGCCUUCCUCUACCCUGUGAUUGAUCCUUGUGAUCUGCUAGGCUUCGAGGUUCUCUCUGUGUUCCAUCCUACUGAUGAUGUGAUCAACUCCGUUGUGAUUGCUCGUAAGUUGCCACUGCCUUUUCACUCAACAAAUGCAGAUCAGCAAGGGAAACUCGAAGGUACUAUUGUUCUUCCUAUCAAGUGUUCUGAGAUUGACUCAUUCAUUUACCCUCUCAACCAAAUUGGAUUGAUCGAGGAUCUGGCACUCGAGGAGCAGGUGUAAUGAAUUCUACAAAUUUAAUUACCCACUUCUUAAUUUAUCUUAUUUCCACAGUUCUCUCAACAAUUUAUCUAUAGCUACUUGUAUAUGGUGGCCUUAUGGAGUUAGAGGUGUGGUUUCAUAUGUUUGUCAAAGUUUAUUUCUGCAUUCCUAGCUGCAAUGUUUCAAUGUUGUGUCCUUUCAUCUUAUUUUUAAUAAAAGAUGACUCCCGUUUUACCUC